GCACAAUCUCACACAACAGAGCGAGAUGAAUAGUGUGGAGGUAUAGGCUAAAAGGACUUCACCAUCAGACUAACAGUUUAUCGCAUUGAGUAGCUUACUGUAGACAUUCUUUGGUUACCUAGUUGAGCAUUCAGUGGGAUAUCACUAGGCUACCGGAAAUACAAUGCUCAACCACGGCCGUAGAUUGACAUUGCUGCUAUCCAGGUGUUGGACCAAAGAGGGACGUCGUUGAUGUGACAUUCUAUGCUGUGUGCAGUUCUUUGUGGUUCCAUACACAGACACAGAGCAAGAAGAUGCUGAGCCGAUUUAUGAGUGGAAGCCUCAGGAAUCUGGAACGAGAAUACAACUGUACGGUGAGGCUACUGGAUGAUUCGGAAUACACCUGCACCAUCCAGCGCGAUGCAAAGGGCCAGUACCUGUUUGACCUCAUCUGUCACCACCUCAAUCUGCUGGAAAAGGACUACUUUGGAAUCAGAUAUGUGGACCCAGACAAACAGAGGCACUGGUUGGGGUUUACAAAGUGUAUUGCCAAGCAAAUGAAAUCCCAGCCGCCAUUCACCAUGUGUUUACGUGUCAAGUUUUACCCUCCCGACCCAGCUGCCCUGAAAGAGGAAAUCACAAGGUAUCUAGUCUUCCUACAGAUCAAGAGAGAUCUGUACCAUGGCCGUCUCCUCUGUAAGACAUCAGAUGCUGCCAUGCUGGCUGCCUACAUACUACAAGCUGAGGUUGGUGACUAUGAUCCUGGAAAGCACCCCGAGGGCUACAGCUCUAAGUUCCAGUUCUUCCCUAAACACUCAGAGAAGCUGGAGAGACGCAUCUCAGACAUCCACAAGACAGAACUGAUAGGACAGACUCCAGAGGAGUCGGAGCUGAACUUCCUGCAGAAGGCUCAGGAGCUGGAGACGUACGGUGUCGAUCCUCACCCCUGCAAGGACGUGUCUGGUAACCCAGCCUUCUUGGCCUUCACCCCGUUCGGCUUCACUGUCCUACAGGGAAACAGGAGGGUCCAUUUCCUUAAGUGGGAUGAGGUGACCAAGCUGAAAUUUGAGGCAAAGACAUUCCAUAUAUAUGCAAAUCAGAAAGAGGACAAGAAGAUCAUUUUGACGUAUUUUGCACCGACACCUGAAGCUUGUAAACACCUGUGGAAGUGUGGAGUUGAGAAUCAGGCCUUCUACAAGUUGGACAAGUCCAGUCAGGUCCGAACAGUGUCCAGCAGUAACCUGUUCUUCAAAGGGAGUAGAUUCAGAUACAGUGGCAGGGUUGCUAAGGAAGUGAUGGAGCAAAGUGCCAAAAUAAAACGGGAACCUCCUGAGAUUCACAGGGCUGGCCUGGUGCCUAGUAGGAGCUGUCCUUCAAUUACCCACGGCCCGAGACUCACCAGUGUCCCCAGACAAAGACGGAGGGCAGUACACAUCUCUAUCAUGGAGGGCCUGGAGUCCCUAAGAGACUCCGCCCACUCCACGCCCGUGCGCUCCGUCUCCCACGGUGACUCCUUCAUGCCGCGCCACCGCCACCACACAUCAGACGCCGGUGAGGGCGGGUCGUCCCAGCGUGUCAUCUCCGACGAGGCCUACUGUCCCUCCGACAGCGUGCUGCCCACCCCGACGGCCGAACACAGCCUGGAGGUAGCCGCGGCCCGCCACCCCAAUGGCGCCCCCUGCAGCAUUGAGGAGGAGAAGGAGUCGGAGGCCGGGACUCCAAUAGAGGGACAGGUUGCUGAGUUCGGGCCCGACGGGAGGGUGCUUCGGCUGGGCCGGACCAGGAGGUCCCCCCCUAACAAAGAGGCGGAAGAGCUCCAUAAGUUCAUCCUGAGCGUGUUACGUAUGUUCCUGGUGACCAUGGGACUGCUGUUUGCCCUCCUUUCCCUCCUCAUCAUGCUCACUGAGUCCGACCUGGACAUCGCCUUCCUCCGGGACAUAAGGAAGACGCCUGAGUUCCAGCAGUUCCACUUUGAGUACUUCUGCCCUCUCAGGCGGUGGUUUGCCUGCAAGUUCCGCUGGAUGGGAGGCUUCCUUAUAGAUAAGUGAGAUGGAGGGGAGGGUCAAGGACAGGGGGCAGCGACCGGCUGGCUCCUCCAGAGAGAGCUCAGGCAAGAGAUGGACGGGGAGGUAAGGAGCAAGGCUGGAGAACACCAUCUGAACAUGAACCAAUCUUUCCCCACCAUUAAAUUCCUGUUUAAAGCCAAGGCCCGCCCAGCUCGCUGACCCUUUUCCUUUUUCUAACCAUCUGACUGAACUGAGGACAUUUUCUGAGCUCAUGUUUUGCUUUGGAAAUCAGGUCAUUUCAAGGUACUUUCUUUUUUUUUAACCAAAAUACAAGGCAGAAGAUUUGUAAAUCUACAUCUGAGGUCAGUUUCAGAAAGAAAACAUUGUUCAACCAUAAAAUAACAAAAGUUGCCUUUAUUUUGUAUUACUUCAUAGGAACAAUAAUUUUAAGAGGAAACUUUAUUUAAGAUGGGUACUAUUAUAUAAGAUGGAAAUUGAUAUAAAAGCAGAGGAUUAAGGGUGACCCGUUACUGCUUGAUACUGCAGUGUGUACUGUACAAUACGUUUGAGCAUAGAAAAGGCGAGGGACCGACAGAAAAUUUUCACUAAUUCGGGGUGUACAUCUGAAACAUCCAUAAUAAUCAUUCAAAUGCUGCUGACAUUUUUUUGGGGGGGCUGCUAUUGGAGGAGAACUGACAGGGGUACUGAGUCUGGAGUUGUAUUUACACAAAGAGAUGAUACUGAAUAGAUGUGUUUCUGAAUGUAGAUACGCUGUCUUGUAUGAAGGUUGAAUAAUAUUUUUCUAAGGACUGUAGUUUGUCCUAAACCUGAUGUGUUGAUGGACCAUCAUUUAAUAUUGACACGGAACAAUCAGAGAGAAAGUCAUCAUAAACUAAAUAAAUGGAACUGUUGUAUUCACAGUUUUCAAAGUGUAUCAGAAACUAUAAUGUGAUAAUGAUUUCAAUCAGUGUAUAAAAACUAGCUAUCAUUAGUUUUUAUUUUUAUUUGAAUAACUUUUACAAAAGAUCAAUCAAACUACAGUGGUGUUCUUUGUCAUUAUUAUUUGACAUUGAAAGUACAAGUAGGGGUAGAAUCACAGUGGUCAACUUCUUGAAAACACUGUCUGAUUAUAUGUGCAAUACUAUAACCAUGAAACCUAUAAGUAUUUAAAGGUUGGAAAUGUUAUACAUUUUUUGAAACGUGCACUCUGAAAUAAAUAAUUCUAGGUAUUUCCAUGCCUAGGUGAAAAUUACUUUUCAACUUGUAGUUGCGCUAAUGCAUUGGAUUCUUUUAAAAUGUUGAAUAUAUUGAAAUCCUGCUGAAUUAUUUUUUACAAAGUAGUCUCCUUAUAUUUAGAGGUUUCCUUGUAUGACCUAUUUUAACUGAUGUUAUUUUUUAUCAUUGAACAUUUACUUUUUUAGUGCGUGCUGUGAAUCAAAUGUAUGGAAGGUAGAUAGAUUCAGGGCGCUUUACUGGACCCAUAUUAAGCCUGUCUAAGACAUCCUUAAGGUAAAUCUCGAGUGGUUAGUGGUCUAGGAAUGGGCCUAAUGUGGGUCAGGUAAGCUUUACAUCCAACUCCAUCCAGGGGAGCAGUAUAUACCUUCUCAUUUUCACACUUUACAUAUCUACCAAAGAUACGGUACCUCUCUGCAGCCACCCCGGUUUUGCAGAUGAGUGCUACAGUUUUGGAGAGAGUUAACUAGUGUAGAGCUGAACAACAGGACAGUGAUCACCACAAGCGUCUAUCUUGUCCUUAGACUGAACUUGUCUGUUGGCAUGGAAUCAGCAAGGUGAGAGCGUGAAUACCAUAGAAUCAAGAGCAUCUUUAUAGAUCGUUAUGGUGGACAUUGGGCCCAAGUCAUCAGAUCUGAUGUAGCCAACAUCUGGGAUAGUGGUUGUUUUGGGUUAGUAAUAAUCACAUGAUGCCUCUACUCCGACAAUAGGCUCAAAUCCUUAUGAUUUCCUUUAUCUGCCCAGUUUUUUUAUAAUUACUAACAAAAUGAGUAGUCAUUUUUCUUCCGACAUUGUUCAAUAAAGUCUGACCUAAACCAAAAAAGCAGCUCUUCUGUGUACGAAUGGUGUGUACUCAAAAAACAGGAUACCGUAGAUGUAUAAUAGUCAUGAACAAAAUAAUGUAAGUUUAUGCUAGUCAUUAACCGAAUAAUGUAGGUGUAUACUAGUCAUAAACAGAAUAGUGUAGGUGUAUAGUAGUCAUAAACAGAAUAGUGUAGGUGUAUAGUAGUCAUAAACAGAAUAGUGUAGGUGUAUAGUAGUCAUUAAUAGAAUAGUGUAGGUGUAUAGUACUCAUAAACAGAAUAGUGUAGGUGUAUAAUAGUCAUAAACAGAAUAGUGUAGGUGUAUAAUAGUCAUAAACAGACUAGUGUAGGUGUAUACUAGUCAUAAACAGAAUAGUGUAGGUGUAUAAUAGUCAUAAACAGACUAGUGUAGGUGUAUGCUAGUCAUAAACAGAAUAGUGUAGGUGUAUAAUAAUCAAACAGAAUAGUGUAGGUGUAUAAUAGUCAAACAGAAUAGCGUAGGUGUAUGCUAGUCAUAAACAGAAUAGUGUAGGUGUAUACUAGUCAUAAACAGAAUAGUGUAGGUGUAUAAUAGUCAUAAACAGAAUAGUGUAGAUGUAUACUACUGAUAUCCUAAACAUAAUCAGUACACUCCUGAUUACACGCCAUACUUCCCCAGGCUGCUGAUUGGCCAGUUCAAAACUCCAAAGAAAAAUUAUUUAUUUAUUCCUCCAUUUAAAUCUUUGGGUAUAUACAAGUAUAAUGUUGUUGACAAGUAUAUAUGUCAACAACAUUAUUUGGGUAGGAAUUAACAAAACGUCAGUUCAUGAUUUAAAAUGUUUGUGCAAUUAUUUCAAUAUAAAUUCUGAGUCAGAAUGUGUAGGUCCAGUACAAGUCAGAAGGUAUUGCUUUGUUACCCAAGCUAUUCAACUGAAAUGCAUCGAUGCAGUUACACCUCAGACACCCCCAGAACACCAGGAUGUGCAGAUGUUGGCUAUUGCUGGAUUAAGCUUCAUCUGAAUGUUUAAAAAUGAUCUGUUGGUUUUGUUUUGCAUCAGUACAAUCCUAGUUUGCAUAUUUAUUUUCUUUUAUAAUCCCUCAAUAGACUAUGUAAUGAGUUAAAUAAUAAAUAUCAUAGAUUUAUGGAUUAACAUUGUCUGCUCUGCAGCAAUAUUACAAUAAGUGGUUGGUUUCUGAUUGACGUAAUAUUUUAAAGUGAUUGUGUUUAAAAUUGUGAAAGGGUGCAGGCCAGUUGAGACAGAAGUCAUUAACAAUUUACGUUGUUAUACCUCCAACAUUUAGUUUCAAUAUGACAGACAACACAACCUCAUUUGAGCAAUAAUACAGAAAAUUGAAUAUGACUAAACAAAUGUCAAUCAUUGUGAGCAGUAAAUGUGACUGAUGUUUUUACCAUUUGUCUUGAUUCCUUGUACUAAAAGGGAUGCCUUUCUAUAUGAACCAUUGGACAUGCAAGUGACAGGUCAUGAUUUGUCUACCUACCGUUAAACUGGUGAAUCCUUGUCAAUGCAUGUGAUGAUUAUGGUGUUGCAAUAACAUGCAGCUCAGUGUUGCUUGCAUUGGGUGUGUGCCAGGUUGUUUGUAAUGCAGUUAAGCGGCACAUUUGAAAAUUGCUAUAAACCAAGGGAAUAUCAUAUCAAUGUGGUUCUGGAGAUGUGCAAAUGUGUCGGAAGUUACCUUGGUUGCAUUUGGUUGCAUUUAUUUCACCAAUCCAAAAAAUGUUGUUCUAUUGGCCAUUUUCAGGUAGGUCCCUCCCCACUUUAGGUAAACCAACAAAAAAACAGGGAGGAAUCAACCUGGAAUUGGUAUAUACAGUGAAAAAAAUUAUUUGAUCCCCUCCCCUGAUUUUGUAUGUUUGCCCACUGUCAAAGAA